AUGGGGAGCAAGGUCAGUGACGAGCUGCUCACCACCGUCCGAGCAAUUGUCGGAUCCGGGUUCUCCGACAUGGAUAUAAUCAGAGCUCUGCACCUCGCCAACCACGACCCAACAGCCGCUAUAAACAUUAUCUUCGACACGCCCAACUUCAAUUCAAAACCCAAGUUUCAAUCUCCGAGAGCUUCCAUUUCAAGCCCCAGUCCCGGGCCUAAACCUAGUUCUGCUGAACAUAGGAGAGCGGAGAAGGAGAACGGUGGGAGUCGUGAUUUGGUCGGCGAUGUGGGUGUCAGUCCGAGAGGGAGGGAAUCGGGGGAUGGAGUUGAUGAGAGAGUGAGGUUGUCAGGUUCGAGUUCCGUUUCAGGUGUACUUGGCGGUGAGUGGUGGUGUUUGGGAAAUGGGGUGGUUGCAGGGUUGUCGACGAGUAAAGGGAGGAAAAUCAAGGCUGGCGAUGAGGUUAUGUUUACUUUUCCAGUCAACAGGAAGAGCACGGCUUCGGCUGCGAAGGGGUUUGGAAAGGGAAGACAGGCGGCUGCCGCUUGUUCAGAGAUAGUGAGGUUUUCUACCGUAAAUGGUGGGGAGAUUGGUCGAAUACCGAAUGAGUGGGGUAGGUGCCUUCUUCCACUUGUGAGGGAUAAGAAGGUUAAGAUAGAAGGGCACUGUAAGUCUGCUCCGGAGAUACUUGGAAUCAUGGGUACAAUUGAAUUAUCAGUAAGUGUUUACAUCAAUAGUGCCAUGUUCCACAAGUUUCAGCAGACCUCACUGAAAGUAGCCAGCAGUACCACUGAAGAAACAGUUGUUCAUCCCCUUCCAAAUUUGUUCCGGUUACUUGGUCUAACUCCUUUCAAGAAGGCUGCAUUUACCCCUGCUGACUUGUGCACUAGGAAGCGGCCUUUGCUCUCAAAGGAAAGUUCUGGUCUUCAUGCAUCAUUAGUGCGUGUCAACAAGUCUAAAAGUCAGCUGAAAAAUGAAAAUGAUACGGAGGAUGAGGAGUUCAUUUCAGAGGCUGAUCUUGAUCAGAUUGUUGGAGUAGGACAAAGCGACGAGUUAAAGGAAAUGGAUCCUCCUGCUACGCUUCAGUGUGAACUUCGUCCCUACCAAAAGCAGGCCUUGUACUGGAUGAUGGAGCUUGAAAGAGGGAAUUGUGCUGACGAGGCAGCAACAACACUUCAUCCUUGUUGGGAGGCUUAUCAUAUAUCAGACAAGAGAGGGCUUGUCAUCUAUUUGAAUGCAUUUUCAGGUGAAGCAACUGUUGACUUCCCAAGCACUCUUCAGAUGGCUAGAGGAGGAAUUCUAGCGGAUGCAAUGGGACUUGGGAAGACUAUAAUGACUAUAUCUCUCCUACUCAGUCAUCCAGAAAAGUCUGGGUCAUCGAGUAGUAAAUCUUUUAGUCAGACUUCCAGUGAAAUUGAGGCAUUUAGUGAUGCUUCUGAACAAUUAUCGAGUCCCUUUAACAAGAAAACAAUUCUAGGUGAUAAGGUGACAAAGCAGAGAAAGUCACUCAGCUAUGGUGGUAAUCUGAUCAUAUGUCCUAUGACUCUUCUGGGACAGUGGAAGGCAGAGAUAGAGACCCAUGCAAAGCCAGGUUCUCUUUCUCUAUACUCUCAUUAUGGACCAAGUAGAGCGAAGGAUGCGAAAAUGCUGGCACAAUACGACGUAGUAGUAACCACGUAUGGUGUUUUGGCUUCUGAGUUUUCUGCUGAGAAUGCUUCUGAGAAUGGUGGUCUUUACUCGGUUUGCUGGUUUAGAGUGGUUCUUGAUGAAGCACAUACCAUUAAAUCAUCAAAGAGCCAGAUAUCAGUGGCUGCUGCUGGUCUGACUGCCGAUCGGCGCUGGUGUCUCACAGGGACGCCCAUCCAGAAUAAGUUGGAAGAUCUCUACAGUCUACUUCGGUUUUUGAAGGUGGAACCUUGGGAGAAUUGGGCAUGGUGGAAUAGACUCAUUCAAAGGCCGUACGAUGAGGGUGAUGAGAGAGGUCUAAAGUUGGUCCAGUCUAUUCUGAAGCCUAUUAUGCUCAGGAGAACAAAGUCAAGCACAGAUCGAGAUGGCAGGCCAAUCAUAGAUCUCCCUCCAGCUGAUAUUCAGGUGACCUAUUGUGAACUGACAGAAACUGAAAAGGACUUCUAUGAUGCCCUCUUUCGAAGAUCCAAGGUAAAGUUUGAUCAAUUUGUUGAGCAAGGCAGGGUUCUGCAUAAUUAUGCUUCAAUACUGGAGUUGUUGUUGCGUCUUCGUCAAUGCUGUGACCAUCCAUUUCUUGUAAUGAGUCGAGGUGAUACACAAGAAUUCUCAGAUAUGAACAAGUUGGCUAAGCGUCUCCUGAAAGGUGGCCAAAGUAUCCUGCAGGGAACUGACCCGGGUGCUCCUUCGGUGGCAUAUGUCCAAGAAGUUGUAGAUGAACUCCAAAAGGGAGGAGAGGGGGAGUGUCCAAUUUGUCUUGAAGCGUUUGAAGAUGCAGUAUUGACACCUUGUGCUCACCGGCUAUGUCGAGAAUGUCUCUUGUCAAGUUGGAGAAAUGCAAGUUCUGGUCUAUGCCCUGUUUGUAGGAAAGCUGUGACUAAGCAAGAGCUUAUCACUGCUCCAACAGACAGUCGGUUUCAGAUUGAUGUUGAGAGAAACUGGAUUGAAUCGACCAAAGUGACCACUCUCUUGAAAGAACUUGAAGCUCUUCGUCCUUCCGGUUCUAAGAGCAUUCUUUUCAGCCAGUGGACUGCUUUUCUGGAUCUGUUACAAAUCCCACUUACAAGGAGUAACAUUUCCUUCCUACGCCUUGAUGGGACCCUGAACCAGCAGCAGCGUGAAAGAGUGAUAAAACAGUUCUCCGAAGAUGAUAGUAUAAAGGUAUUGCUGAUGUCCCUGAAAGCUGGAGGGGUAGGGAUCAAUCUAACAGCAGCAUCCAAUGCCUUCGUUAUGGAUCCAUGGUGGAAUCCAGCAGUAGAGGAACAAGCAGUAAUGCGGAUACAUCGCAUUGGACAAACAAAACCAGUAAUGAUCAGGCGUUUCAUUGUCAAGGGGACAGUUGAGGAGAGGAUGGAGGCAGUUCAAGCACGCAAACAUCGGAUGAUAUCUGGUGCCUUAACUGAUCAAGAAGUCCGGAGUGCACGAAUCGAAGAGUUGAAGUUGCUUUUUACAUAA